CGAUAAAUAGAUAUUGAAAUCAAAUGUAAACAACCUUUAUCAGCUUAUUGAUUUGAAUUAGAUUUCUGGAAAGGAUCAUCAUGACUAACCCUAUCUACGUAAUUCUGGGCUCCGGCGGCCACACGGCAGAAAUGUGCAAACUGACUCAGGCGCUGCUGCAGCAGGAAGACGUCCAGCAGGCGAAGAAGUACCAUCCUAUUCGCUUAAUCCUGGCCAGCAGUGAUGCCACCUCGGAGCGCCAGUUUCGGCAGACUAUUCCACAGGCAUCCCAAGCAGAAGUGCUGAGGGUGCCGCGCAGUCGCAGCGUGGGUCAAUCCUGGUUGACCAGCAUCUUCACUACCUUGUGGGCGCUCCUCUUCAGCUGCUACCUUGUGUGGCGGGAUCGCCCGCAGCUGAUUCUGUGCAACGGCCCCGGCACCUGUGUGCCCUUCUGCUACGCAGCCUACUUCUGGCGCCUCCUCGGGCGCCUGCCCUCGAACUCAAGGAUUGUGUUUGUGGAGAGCUUCUGUCGCGUGGAGACGCUGUCCUUGAGUGGUCGCCUGCUCCUGCCGCUGGCCGAUCUCUUCGUGGUCCACUGGCCAUCGCUCGCCACACGCUACGCAAAUAGAAAAAACCUUCGGUAUUUUGGCCGCAUCUUGUAAUAUAAUAGUUUUAUUCACAGAUCGUUAACAAAUGAAAAAAAAAAGUACAUUCAGUGGUACAUAAAUAUGGA